CAUCCCGCAGGAAUAAAUCCCGCCCUGCAGGAUUCCCCGCCCAUUUCUCUUUUUAUCUUCUUGUUCCUGAUCCAGGACCUUUUCUCUGGAAUUUUCUGGCAUCAUUCCCGAUUUUCCACUUGUGACAACGGUUGACUCCUUCGCACGCCGCAUUCCUACCGAGCGUUAGCAUCUUGUGUUUACCACCAUCGCAAUCGCAAGGCUCAGUAAAAACCCCAGCGCAAAAGAUUCCUGACGAGAGCUCGCACGAGAUUGACCUCAGUGGCAACGGGUAGCGAAUCGGGAGGUUUGAGAUAUUCGACGACACUUGCGGCGACGAACUCAGGGUCAACAAAAAUUCGGACGCAAUCCGCACGGUUCUGCUCGGUCCGGACCCCGCGCCCUGCUCCGCCCGGGAGCCCUGGUCGCUGGCGCACGGUGUCGGAUCUCCACCACAACGGCCGAGCGCGGCUCCGGGAACCACCGUCCCCGGCUUUUGGCAACAUGGCGCACCGCUCGUCGGCGCUGAGUAUUCACUCGGUACUAGGGAUUCUUCUCGCAACAUCCGCAUACCUGGCUGCUGCGUCGCCGCUGCCUAAGGACGAUCUACAUGCGGCCGGCUAUGGCUACCUCAUGCCCCGCCAAUGCGCCGUGUACUGCGGUAACAACAACGACGGUUGCUGCGGUGCCGGCUAUGUCUGCUACACGGCCGAAAACAAUGUGGGGUGUUCGGCAACAGUAGGCGGCGGCUAUGUGGUGAUCGCGACAACAUGGACCGUGACCAAGACCUUCACCAGCUCGUACAGCUCCUUCUUCCCCGCUGCGACAGCUCCAGCGGGAACCGAAAAGUGCGUCCCUCCCCCGGGCUCGGGCCAGAUCGCUUGCGGCAAUAUCUGCUGCGCGAAUUGGCAGUACUGCGCCUAUGAGGGACAAUGCAUGGCGAACGUUGGGUAUACGACCACGGACGGUGCAGGUGGAGGCGGAGGCGGAGUAAUCGUGCCGACGACCAUCACCACCGGCGGCCAGACUAUCACGACCCAGUUCAGCGCACCAUACCGGGUGACCAGCGGCACCGUCACGUCAACAGGCACUGCCGAACCUGCCUCCACCACCACAGGCGCCGUGAGCCCGGGAGGGACGUCAGGCGGGCUGAGCGGUGGCGCCAUUGCCGGCAUCGUUGUGGGCACGAUUGCCGGUGUCGCCCUUCUCCUUCUAAUCUGCGCAUGCUGCGUUGUGCGGGGCCUGUGGCACGGUCUGCUCGCGCUCUUCGGAAUCGGCAAGAAGAGAAGAGAUUCGGAGACGAUCAUCGAAGAAGAGCGCUACACCCGGCGCGGCUCAACGCACUCGCGGCGGGACACCCACGGCUCAUGGUAUGGCGGCCGUCCCAGCACGGUGGCAGCGCGGAAGGAGAAGAGCAAAGGCGCGGGCCUGUUGGGCCUGGGCGCUGCCCUCGGCACGUUGGCGCUGCUGCUGGGGUUGAGAAGGGAUAAGAAGGAGAAAAAGACCGUCAUCAAGGAGCGGAGCGACAUCAGCAGCAGCUACUACACCGACUCCUACACGGCAACAAGUCCCAAGAUCACCGCCGCUGACACUGAGGUCCACAGGUUCAAGGAGCAGCGACAGACGAACGCGUCACUCGCGGCCUAG